AAGCACCUUCUUGAAAAUUCAAAUAUGGCGCAUUUUAAUGGUGGCUCUUAAAGUACAAGUUUUAUCGCUACGUAACUCGAGCAGCAUUAAAUACAUUGCGCUAAAAUUUCGUCAGAAGAGAUUUUUUUACAUACACUAUUAAUCUAUGAAAAAAAACGGUAGGCAAAAUUUUCGUCAUAGUACCACUUUAAAACAUCCGCUUUUACAAGAUGUAUGCAUGGCCAGGAAGCUUGUAUUUUCAUUUUUUCCAUGUUGACUUCGACAUUCUUUACUUCCGCGUAUGAGUCAGCGUUCUUGUAAAUGCAGAACAUCCUCUGACGGCCUAUUUUGGUUGAUACACGUCCUGAAAGCUGAAACACUACACGGCCAUGAAAUUCAAAGGAUUCUGGUUCUCGAUGCUGGUAUAUAACUUCGCUUUUCUCUUACAAGGUACUGCUGGAUUUUUCUUGAAACAUGUUGAAACAGGAAAGUGUAUUUAUGAUACAAAGAAAGUACAAUCAAGACAUCGACCACCAUCUGGGGGAGAAAGAACACUUCACUUCUUGGAGCUAUCCGACAACUGUCUUCAUCCAGCAUCUCAGUUCAAAUAUCUAGAUAAUGGUGCCCUAUUGAAGUUGAAUGUAACAGGUUGUCUUCAGGGAGUUUAUAAGACUGGAAAUGGUUACUAUCUUGAUAUGUUAUAUAUCCACACUGAUACACACAAUAUCAAUGACGUUGCUUGUGUCAGCAACAAUGCUGUAACCCAAACCUCUUGGGGAGGUCUACAAAUACGGUUCGACAGACAUGGAAACCAAUUUCGAUGUUUUAGACCUCGUACUUCUAAAGAACUACUAGACAAUCAAGCAGUUGAUCCUUAUUUGAAAAUGGCUGGUUGUAAUUCGGCACCAAAAAAGCAAUUUCAUUUCGGUUCCGUGACUUGCGCUCGACAAAAAAUAAUGUACGCCAGCUGUCGUAAAAGACAAUAUAUGGUAGUAAAGACUGCAGAAUAUCGUGGAUUGAACCAAGGAAAUGUUUGUGGUUCAAGUUACUAUUACAACUGUAGUGUUGAUGUUACGUGUCGUCUAAAAAGACUUUGUGAUGGCAAACGAGAAUGUAAUGUAACUGUCGAUGAUAAUCUUUUCCCUUCAAAAAGUUGUCUUGGUUUGGACAAAUAUCUUUACUUUGAAUAUCAAUGUACCUCUACCAUGACGUCAUUCAAUGAAACUUGCAUUGAAGAUAUUCAGUUAUCACAGUCGACAUUACCCAGCGAAGGUUUUAUGAAACUUUUUACUAAAGAUGACAGGGAUUUCGCUGUCUGUAAAAGUUCCUUGGAAAAUGUCAAAGAUAAUGUUUGUCGUUUUCUUGGCUACCCUAAAGCCGAUCAAAUAAUGGGGAAGACUUCCCGUAGUUCAAUGUCUAAAGCUGGAGAAGUAAACUGCAGAGCUACUGUGGCACCUUCAUUUCUAUGUACGGUUACACCAAGUAGUGGCUGUUCCGAGUAUUCAAUUUUAAAAUGUCAUGUUUGUGAUGAUCCGCUCUUACAAAACACACAAAAGUUCCCGGACUCCUUGUUUACUGCCCCGACCUCAACACAGGACCAUAGUGCAAAAGCUGCAAGAAUAUCCAGUGGCAGUUCAUGGUGUGCUCCUGCUCCUGAUGGCAAUCAUUAUCUUCAGUUGAAUUUCCCAAGUCUUUAUACAGUUAACGCUAUCGCAAUCUUUGGAGACAGUUCAAGUUCAAACUGUAUAACUGAAUAUCACUUGCUUACUAACAUUGACGGUGUUAACUGGAACUCUGAAAAGUCCAAAAAGAUUAUACAACGAAAUUGGAAUGGUUACAAUGAUGUAGCUAUAGAGAAAUUCUCUCAUAGCAUUAAAGCCAAAAGUUUACGAAUAGUUCCGGCGAAGUCUAUUGGUAAACCGUGUUUACGAAUUGAAGUUUGUGGGGGAGACAUGCUACCAGACAAACCAACACAUCUUACUGCGAAUGAAGUUGCAUCAAGAUACCUCAAGAUAUCCUGGAAAGAUCCCGAAGUCACUGCUGUGAAACUUGGCACAAAUAUCUUGAAUCCUCUGACCAAAGUUCGAUUAAUAGUGCUUAAGGAUACUGUCGUUAUUUUUAAUAAAACUUGGGAAGCAACUCUAAUUAAACCUUACAAAUUCGAGAGUCUCAAUCCUUACACAAUGUAUUUAAUAAAUGUAACCGCUGGCAACUCUGAAGGUUUUGGUGGAUCAAUUACAGCUAGUUUUACCACUGCUGAAGAUGUUCCCGAAGGUCCACCUUUAAAUGUUAACAUUUUCGUCAUCAGCAGCUCAUCUUUAUCAGUCACGUGGAAGCCACCUGAUAUAGCGAAAAGAAAUGGAAAGAUACUCAGUUACACUGUUUGUAUGACGCAAUUGGAGAGUGAAACGUGUUCAAUGAACUACACCACCGCGGAACAGCAUUUUCAAAUAAUUAAUAAUGUGAAGCCAGAGACAAAAUAUUAUGUUCGCGUUUUAGCGUCUACGAUAGCGGGAUCUGGAAUUUACAGCAAUAGUACAUGGGCAUUUUCAAAUGGAUUGGCACCUGAACAGCCCACGACGCAUGGAAAUUCAUUGACUUAUUUGUUGCAAAAUCCAACUUUGGAAUAUCGAUAUUUUUUCGUAGUCGUGAUGGAAUAUGGCGAAGAAGAGAAUCUAUUGCCUUCUAACUUCAAAAACACAGACUUAGGGACUUAUUCUGAGGCCAUUGCCGCCGCGCAACCAACGCCGUAUAUUGCCGCGGUAAUGUCUCGUGGAAAUUUUAAGUCUGAGUUCACACUUGGGGAUAGCGGAAACACAAGUCUUGCAGGGACAAGAAGACGGCGUUCUAAUGGUAAAAUUUAUUAUAAUGGCCCCCUGAAGCCCAGCACUAACUACAGAAUAUUUCAACGCGUUUUCUUAAACGAUCAGGGGGAUUAUUAUUCUACUGACUGGAGUCCAGUGGUAGCAACUGCUCAAAAGCGGAAAUCAUCAGUGAUCUUGGUUGAUGAUGCAGCAAAAAUUCAACAAAUAACUGACGCAAGGAUUUUGUACAUCUGGAGCUAUUGCAGGUGCAGUUGUGGCUGCUAUUUUGGUCAUUAUUCUCAUCGUAUUGGUCAUUCUGUUUGUGAGAAGACGGCGUAAUGGAAGGAAACGUUCUGGGUUCGUUAAAAAAUCAAAUGUAGAAAAGGUCAGAAAUCACGGACCAUCUGUAGUGAAUCAAGUAUUAGUUGGAAGCCAUAACAUUGGAAAUAUCAACACCCUUCAUAACAUCAAUAGCCCAAUGAACAGUUAGGAUGAAUCAGUUCUUGUCCUGAAUGAUGAGAAAGUUUACGAGAACAAUGCUGCUAUUACCGCCAAGGAUCGUCAACCAAUUCCCAUAGCAAUGUUUGAGAGACACGUGAGGAAACUGAAGCAUAACAACAUGAAGGAACUAAAGUUAGAGUUCGAGGAUUUACCAAAUGGUCAAAUGUCCAAUUGGGAUGUCGCGAAGAAACCUCACAAUACUUCAAAAAACCGAUAUGGAAACGCUGUCAC